AUGAAUCUCAAGUUCUGGCAGAUACUCAUCCUUUUAGCCAUAGCCAUUGUAGCUAAAUCUGCAACAUGUGAAGCUGCAUUUGCCAACCCCAACCAUACUGAUGCGGUGGGAGAUUCUAUCAACGACGAAGAAGAAAUGAUGAUGGAUUCAGAAACAAGCCGUAGGGUUUUGGCUGGAAAACCCAGAACCAUAAGCUAUGCUGUACUCAAGGCGAGUACCACUCCUUGUAAUAAAAGAGGAAGAUCUUAUUACAACUGCAGGGUUGGUACUGGAGCCAACCCUUACAGACGAGGUUGUCAAGUUAUUACAGAUAUCUGUAUUUUGCAAACAUUUCAAGAACAAUUGAAAUCUUUGCAGGGUGUGGCUAUCUACUCUUCUUGA